AUUGUGGGAGAAUGCCUCUCCAUCUUGUGUUAAUGUUGGCUUUGGCUACAUCAGCUGUGGCCCAGACCGAACAGGAUGCUGCAGCCUUCUUGGAUACAUUCGACAAAGAGGCUUCAGCUUUGUACAGUUAUUCAUUGGCAUCAUGGGAGUACAACACAAACAUCACAGACGAAAACGCCAAUAAUCUGAAUGUAAUGGGCACCAAGUGGUCUGAGUUUUACAAACAAGCAUCAGAAAGUGCUUCCCGUUUUUCUCCUGUGACAAUUCAAAACCCCACUAUUAAACUCCAGUUGCAGCUUCUUCAAGAAGGUUCCACUGUCUUACCAAAGGAAAAACAAGAUCACCUAAAUCGAGUCAUGAAUCAGAUGAGCACAAUUUACAGCACUGGAACUGUCUGUCAACCAGAUGACCCCCUCAAUUGUUUAACACUGGAACCAGGACUGGAGAAGAUUAUGUCAGAAAGCAAAGACUACUACAAGCGUCUGCAUGUCUGGGAAGGCUGGAGGGUUGAAGUUGGCAAAAGGAUGAGACCGCUGUAUGAAGACUAUGUUGACCUGAAAAAUGAGGCUGCAAAAAUGAAUAAGUAUAAAGACUAUGGUGAUUACUGGAGAGGAAACUACGAAACCCUAGACAAGGAUUUUCCAUAUGCCUACACCCGAGAUCAGCUUAUGGAAGAUGUUCGAGAUUUAUAUAAGGAGACACUGCCUCUGUAUCAACAACUACACGCCUACGUGAGGGCAAAGUUGCAUGACACCUACCCCGGGCAUAUUAGUCAGACUGGAGGUCUUCCUGCUCAUUUACUUGGUGACAUGUGGGGGAGAUUUUGGACAAAUAUGUAUGAUUUUGCAGUACCGUAUAAAAGCAAACCAGACAUUGAUGUGACCUCUGCAAUGAUCAGUCAGGGCUGGACUGUCGAUAGGAUGUUUAAGGAAGCAGAAUCUUUCUUCACGUCUGUUGGCCUGUAUAAAAUGAAUGACGAAUUUUGGAACAACUCCAUGCUUGAGAAGCCUGAUGACAGGAAGGUUGUCUGCCACCCAACUGCGUGGGACAUGGGCAAUGGAAAAGAUUUCAGGAUAAAGAUGUGCACUGAGGUGAAUAUGAACCACUUCUUGACUGUUCAUCAUGAGAUGGGACACAUUGAGUAUGACAUGGCUUAUGCCAAUCAGACCUACUUGCUGAGAGAUGGUGCCAACGAAGGAUUCCAUGAGGCAGUGGGGGAGAUCAUGUCUCUGUCAGCAGCCACCCCCGAACACUUGCAAGCUCUGGGCCUUUUACCUCCAAGCUUUGUGCAAGACCAUGAGACUAGCAUUAACUUCCUGCUCAAGCAAGCCCUGACCAUCGUUGGUACACUGCCCUUUACUUACAUGCUGGAGGAGUGGAGAUGGCAGGUCUUCCAAGGAACCAUCCCCAAGGAUCAGUGGAUGCAAAAGUGGUGGGAAAUGAAGAGAGAUCUGAUUGGUGUGGUGGAACCACUACCCCACGAUGAAACCUAUUGUGAUCCAGCUGCCUUGUUCCAUGUAUCUGGAGACUACUCUUUUAUUAGGUACUUCACAAGGACAAUUUAUCAGUUUCAGUUCCAGAAAGCACUGUGCGAGGCUGCAGGCCAUAGUGGACCUCUUUACAAAUGUGACAUCACCAACUCUACGGCCGCUGGUAACAAGCUAAAGGCCAUGCUUCAGUUAGGAAAAUCUGAAUCCUGGACAAAAGCUCUGCAAAGUAUAACAAACGAGACCAGAAUGAAUGCCCAGCCUCUGCUGGAUUAUUUCAGUGAAUUGCACGAAUGGCUGAAAACUGAAAACACUAUUCACAAUAGAAAGAUUGGUUGGGACUCAAAGUGGGUUCCAUAUUCAGAGAAUGCUUUAAAAGUGAGGAUCAGUCUGUUCUCAGCAUUGGGAGAUGAUGCAUACACGUGGGAUGAAAAUGAAGUGUUUUUCUUCAGAUCAGCAGUAGCCUAUGCCAUGAGGAAGUAUUUUAAAGAAGAGAAGAAUCAAACAGUUAACUUUGGUACGGAAGAUGUUAUUGUCUAUAAUGAGAAACCAAGAAUCUCCUUCUAUUUUAUUGUCAGAGAACCGACUAACAAUUUAACUAUCAUCCCAAAAGUGGAUGUGGAACGUGCCAUACGGUUGUCAAGAGGCCGGUUUAACAGUGCUUUCCUACUUGAUGAUAAAACCCUGGAGUUUGAGGGUAUCCUAGCAACAUUAGCCCCGCCUCCUGAGCAGCCUGUCACAGUGUGGCUCGUUGUGUUCGGUGUGGUUAUCGGGAUUGUUGUGUUUGCUGGAGUCUACCUGGUCAUCACAGGAUACAGAGCUAGGAAGAGAAAAGCGAAGGAGCAAGAAGAAAAAGAAGCAUCACAAAACCCAUACGAGGAAGUUGGAAUUGAGAACAGUGGUUUUGCCACGGAAGAAAAUGGUCAAACACAAUUCUAAAUCACUUUUGAAAUAUUUAAAUUGCUGUAUAACACACAUCAAAGUAUUCAUAACUAUGUUUUUAUUGACUACCGCAGAAUUUAAGAUUCUUCUGUUAACUGAGGAAACAUGACAUUGGUAUUACCUACAUUUUCAUAUUAGAGCGAAGAAAAUUUGAAAAAUUAUUAUACAGCAUUGACAAAGACAUCGUGUUGCCAUAUUUACAUUUGAAUUACAUUUUUUAUUUUGUAUAAAAUGCUAAAAAAUAUAAUGAUCUUUAUCACAGUUAAUAUUUGUUUUGUAAUUUGGUACUUUUUAAAAGAACUCAGCACGCCAUAACAUAAAAAUUGAAUCAUCAGGAAAGUUUAUUUUUCAGUAAAAAUAUAUUUUAUAAAUAAGAGUUAAACGAUAUAGAGGAAUAGUCAGUGGGAACCUUACAAAUUAUCUUUAUAAUGUUAAAAUGUCUCAGUUUGUAAAGUUGUGGGUGGGUAAUAGAUGAUCAAGGUAACCACGUAAAGAUACGUAUUUACUCCAGUUUACACAACGAACAAACACUGGCCUAGAUUUCAGGAGUAUUUUUUUGCAUCUGUGUUAUGCCAGCAUGUAAUCAAACUUUCUAGGUGCUGUAUAUAUAUAUACGUUUAAUUUAUUGCUGUCUAGAAUUUCAGUAUAUUGUGUGUGAACCAGCACAGCUAUUCACACAUUACCCUUUUUUUAAACUCUUUUGCUAAUGUGUGUUUGUUGUAUGUAUUUUACACAUUUAUCUAUGAAAUGAUUGCUGUCGCUAGUACUGCACUGUAAUGCUCAUUUGUGUGUGUGUGUGUGUGUGUGUGUGUUUUUUUCUGGCUCCCCUAAGCCUAUACAUUUACACUACAUACUGGACAGUGCACAUAUUCCACAGAGCUGUUACUUGAGUGUUGUCUGCAGCUGCCAUUGAGAUUGAGCUGAGAGUGAUUUCAAAUUGACACUGUUCGUUUCUAUAGUCAGCAGAGCAAUAUACAUGCAGUUUUUUGAACCACAAGUUUGGAAUUCGCUCUGAGAAAAUUCACCAAGGAAUUGACUAAACAAACCAUUUGCAAAUGACUUACAGUGACAUAAUACAAGACUCUAGACCAGUGCUGUGUACAGGCCCAAAACAAAAUAAACCCUGUAUAACACGAUUAGGGGAAAAGCUGCUGUUGAAAUGUGUUUGCGUCUCUAUUGUGUUCACCCUGAGAAAAUAAAUAAACACUGCUUGCAAUACUACUGAUGUGGUGAGUUUCCCUCCAUCAAGACAGAGACAUUUUCAGAAGGGAAAUCAUCAGGCAUUAGUAGACAAUGUAUGUUUAAGCU